UGGUCGGAGACAGCGGAGAUAGUGAAGGCCUAUAGCGAUGAAAUGGUCAAGCGUUGGAACGCAGAAAUUGACACCUAUCUGGCGGGUUUGUUCUCCGCCAUCCUGACUGCGUUCAACGUGCAGUCGUACCAGCUCCUCCAGCCGGCCCCGACAACAGACCCGGUCCUGGUCGCUUUACAGCAAAUCUCGGCCCAGCUCAGCAGCUUCUCGACAAACCCUCCGUUCGUCAACUCCACUCAGCCGGCAUACCGACAGACGGACACGCCCACGCCCCGCGCUCCUCGCGCGGCUGUCUGGCUGAAUGCACUCUGGUUUUCGAGCCUUAUUCUCAGCCUUUCCUCGGCUUCGGUAGGCAUCAUGGUGAAGCAAUGGCUGAACGAGUACUGCGGCGGAAUCUCGCCCAGCACUUCU